GUACAACAAUAAUUGUGAAGAGAGAAAAAACAACAACAGAUGAGAAAAAAAGAGAAACACGCCUUUUUUCCUAUUAUAUUAACUAAUAUUUAAAUCAAAAUAUAAAUUUAAAAACGUGUGAAUGAUUUUCAAACUUCUCCAAUUUUCUUAAUAUUAAAUAAUUAUAUCAGCUACACUUCAUUUUAAAACUAUUUAGUUACCCUUAAAGACCAGCCAAUGGCCAUCUUCAGACAGAAGCACAACCCCAUAUCUACUUGGUACGACGCCUGAUCAGUUGAAUCUUUUAAAAAGAAUAAUUCAAAAUCUGUCUUUUAAUAAACAAGAAAUUUUCUUGAGGAAAAAUUGCUGAAAAAUUAAAGUACACGGAAUAUAGAAACUUCUUCAGUUUGAACUGCAAGAAGGUCAACUUCUUAAUGAUAAUUUGGUCUUGAAUUUGGUUAAGACAAACUAGCUUUUUCAAGAUAUGAUUUUGAGUUGAGUUCAGUUUACUCAUGAAUGAAGCUAUUGCAUUCACUUGCUGAAACAUCAGCCCCAUCAUUGUCAAAACUAACAGCAACCCAUUGUCGAGCUAUCAAGUCAGCACACAUAACUGAUACGUACACUGCCACAACCAUCUUAAACGGAUACACAAAAUGCAGACAAAUUGGUACUGCCCUCAAACUGUUCGACGAAAUUCCCCACAGAGAUACUGCUUCUUGGAACAUCAUGAUUUCCGGAUACAUCAAUUCUGGGAAGUUUCAGAGUUCUUGGGUGUUCCUUAAUUUGAUGAAACAACAUGGGUUUUGUGCAAAUGAGUAUACUUUUGGAAGUAUACUAAAGGGUGUUGCUUCUAAUGGCUUGUUGUCCUUGGGACAACAGGUGCAUUGUGAUGUGGUUAAAAUGGGAUAUGUACGGAAUGUUUAUUCAGCGAGUGCGUUAUUGGAUAUGUACGCUAAGUGUGGGAAAGUUGACGAUGCGAAUGAGGUGUUUAAAUGCAUGCCUGAACGCAAUUAUGUGUCGUGGAAUGCUAUAAUAGCAGGGUAUGCUGGGAAGGGGGAUGUGGAGUAUUGUUUUUGGUUGUUGAGAGCUAUGGAGAAAUGGGGUGUGAAACCUGAUGAUGGAACGUUUUCUCCGCUUUUAACGUUGCUAAAUGAGGAGAGGUUUUACAGGUUGACUAUGCAGGUUCAUGCAAAAGUCGAAAAACUUGGUUUAGGUUGUGAAGUCAAAGUGUUUAAUGCUUUAAUUACUGCAUAUUCCCAAUGUGGGAAUAUUGGAAGUGCGGAAAGUGUUUUUGUUGGUACUGUUAAUUGUAGAGAUUUGGUAACAUGGAAUUCAAUGCUAGCAGCUUAUUUAGAACAUGAUGAGGAGAAGGAGGCAUUUAAACUAUUCUUGGACAUGGAAAGGCUUGGGUUGGAGAUGGAUUCUUAUACAUAUACUAGUAUAACAAGUGGUUGUUUCGAGGGUAGACAUAUCAGUCGAGGAAAGAGUUUGCAUGCUUUGAUUAUGAAGAGAGGAUUGGAAAAUGUAACUAUAAUCUCUAAUGCGUUGAUUGCCAUGUAUGCCAAAUCAGGCACAAAUUCUAUGGAUGAUGCACUGAGAGUAUUUGAAAAUCAGGAUGCAAAGGAUUCUGUUUCUUGGAACUCCAUUUUGACUGGAUUGUCACAGAAGGGUUGGAGUGAAAUUGCUUUCGAAAGAUUUUCAAAAAUGAGGGUGGAAAACCUGGAGAUGGAUGAGUAUUCCUUUUCUGCCACCCUUAGAUCCUGCUCAGAUUUGGCUACUCUUCGAUUCGGUCAACAAGUUCAUGCCUUGGCACUAAAACUGAGGUCCGAGUCAUAUAAGUACGUGAGCAGUGCUUUGAUACUUAUGUAUUCCAAUUGUGGAACCAUUGAAGAUGCUUGGAAGUCCUUUGAAGUUUCUCCAAAAGAUAGUUCGAUAUCUUGGAACUCGAUCAUGUUUGCUUAUGCACAACAUGGGCAGGGUAAGCUCGUGCUUGACCUCUUCUUCCUAAUGAAACAAAGGGAAGUGAAGCUAGAUCAUAUCACUUUUGUUGCUGUCUUGACUGCAUGCAGUCACAUUGGUUUGGUUGAAGAAGGUUGCCUUUUUUUCAAGUCUAUGGAAGCUGAUUUUGGAAUUGUUCCUAGAAUGGAACAUUAUGCUUGUGCAAUUGAUCUACUUGGGCGUGCUGGACGUCUUGAGGAGACAAAGGAACUAUUUAAAAGGAUGCCAUUUGAUCCUGAUGCUAUGGUUUUGAGAACUCUGCUAGGUACUUGUCGAUCAUGUGGUGAUAUUGAAUAUGCAAUUGAGGUAGCCAGUCGUUUGCUUGAAUUGGAGCCGGGAGAGCAUAGCACUUAUGUUUUGCUCUCCGACAUGUACAGACAGUUUAAAAGGUGGGAUAAAAUAGCUAACAUCAAGAGGCUGAUGAGGGAAAGGAGUGUCGUUAAGGUACCUGGUUGGAGUUGGAUAGAAGUUCAAAACGAAGUGCAUGCUUUCAAUGCAGAGGACCUAUCACAUCCUCAUUGCGAUGAUAUUUAUGCGAAACUGAGAGAGUUGACAGAUGAAAUCAUGUUUUCUGAAUCUGGAAAUGCUUGUGAAUUAAUGAUUUUUACGUGCGAUCAGGAAUCAGUGAUUUAACAACAUAUUCAAGGCAAUACGGUUCUGGUCACUCAGGCAGGAACUGGUUCUGGUGCAUAACAUUUUUGUUUGAAAGAUUGUACUUUGUUUAGUUAACAAACAAAAGAUAAUAAAUCCCCCUAAUAUUAGGAAAAGCCUACUCCUAGCCAAGCCUAGAUGUGGAAUAUAAACACACCAUCCCUAAUAUAAAUCCCCCUCCUUCAUAUGAAAUCAUCAGUAUUAAGUGGAACCCUCCUAGGAACAGGUGGUUUAAACUUAAAUACAGAUGGCUCAUGUCCGGGAAAUCCAGGAAAAGAGGGCAUUGGUCGGGUUUAUCAGAUCAGAUACUGGAAAAUGGAUAGUGCAAUUCUACAAAAGCUACCAUAGAUCCACCAAUAACCAUAUGGAAAUGGUAGCUAUAAAUGAAGGCCUGAAAAUUGUGGAACAAAGAAAUCCUCUUCCUAUAGAGAUAAACAUUGAUUCCGCGGAGGUUAUAUCUAUGCUAGCUAUAGGAAAUUUAUAUUAUGAUGCCUUGCAGGUCAAGACUAAGAAAGCUAGGGAGCCCAGAGGUGUCUCAUUGCUUUAGAGAACAGAAUGGCGUAGCAGGCAUCAUGGCAAAGGAGGAUGCUAACUCAACGGACUUUGGAGAAGUUACGAUUUUUGAAGUUUUGCCGGUGGGUGCGGUCAAUGCAGUUUGGACAGACAAUGCAGGAACUUUUUUUGAAAGAAGGAUUAAAUCAUGUAUCUAGACAGUAUUGGGAUUAACCCAAGCCACUCGGUUUUUAACCUCCAGCAGGGAAUUUAUUUAUUAUGUAUUUUUUUUUUGUUUUUUGUUAUUUAAAUGCAAGCCCAUUUCAUAAAAAAAAAAUAAUAAUAAAAUCAUUGUAUAUCAGAACAAUUUUUUUUGGUAA